GCUUUCCAGUUUGAUUCUGUUUAUACCAUUUAAACUUUUAUGUAUAAAUAUCAACGCAAACCGUUCCCAUCGUCUACGCUUCCCUGUUGGGCCGCGGCUCCAAGCCUCGCACCCGAUUGAGAUUCCUGAGGAAGGAAAAAACAGAGGAAAAAUCGGUGGAAACAGAGGAAAAAUCGAAAGAGGGAAAAAAAAAAAAAAAGGGAUAUGGCAAUGCUACUAAGAGCUGAAGACGCAAAGGACUGGAUUUAUAAAGGAGAAGGAGCUGCCAAUAUCGUCCUGAGCUAUCGUGGUUCCUCUCUCUUCUUGCUUGGAAAAGUAUUACGGAUACAGAAGGUUCCAAAAGGCUCAACAAAAUCUGUGAAUGGAUGUGCAGUCCUAUCUAGGCAUGAAAAACUUCUUUGGGGAGAUGUUGAAGAACUUGUAGAAUCCAAAUCAAAAGAUAUUGCUCAGCAAAAUUAUAUCAAGCAUGUAAUGAGUCAUAUGUUAGGGCCCAAGUAUAUAGAUGAGGGGACCUAUGUCACUGUGUCUAGGGAAUUCUUGGAGUCUGUUGAAAAGAAUGUUCAUGAUCAGCGUCCUGCUUGGCGAAUUAAUGCUGCAGAAGUUGAUACCUCGUGUGAUUCUGCAUUUCUUAUUUCUGAUCAUUCAGUUUUCACUGGUACUCCUAGAGGGGACUUCUGUGUUGCAGUAGAAAUAAAGCCGAAGUGUGGAUUUCUCCCAUCUUCAGAAUUCAUAACCAAGGCAAAUGCUAUUAAGAAGUCUGUAACACGAUUUAGGAUGCAUCAGUUUCUGAAACUUCAUCAGGGAGAGAUAUCAAACAUAAGUGAAUAUAACCCACUUGAUCUGUUCUCUGGAUCAAAAGACAGAAUAUAUCAGGCCAUUACAACACUAUUUGCAACUCCUCAGAACAACUUCCGUAUAUUCUUGAAUGGCUCUCUCAUUUUUGGAGGCUUGGGAGGUGGCAUGGACAGUGCAGCUGUUCGGUCUCAUGAAGAAAACACGGCUAUCAAAGAUCUGAUCAAGGUCAGUGGCCUACAGUUACCAGGCUUCCUCGAACUCGUUGCAGAGGCGAUUUUCAGUUCUGGAGUACUAGAUAAGCUUCUAGCAACUCAAAAGCUUGAUGUUCUUGACAUAGAAGGUGCCAUUCAUGCAUACUACAACAUUAUAUCUCAGCCUUGCAUGGUGUGCAAAAAUUUAGGUGAUCCAGAACUCUUGGAUCAGUAUUCCUUGCUACAUUCUUUUCCUCUUGAUAAAAGCCUGAAAAUUUUAAGAGAUUAUCUAAUAGCUGCUACAGCAAAAGAUUGUAGUCUGAUGAUCAGCUUUAGACCUGUACAAGGCGGAAGUGCAGCAUCUGGUUAUAAUUCCAUAUUUCUUGAAUCAUCUAAUCAAAACUUUGAAUACAAGGCAUACUUCAUUGACUUGGAUAUGAAACCUCUGGAGAAGAUGGUUCAUUACUAUGAGUUAGAUCAGAAGAUCGUGAUCUUCUAUAUGAAGAGUAAGGACCUGGGAGGAAGUCUGUGUGAUUCAAUAACUCAAGGUACCAAGGACAGGAAGAUUCAAUAUCAUCAAUGAGAAAAACUUCAAAUACUAUAGUAGUGUUUUUUUUUAAAGAAAAGGGUGAAUUGGCUGCUGAUGCUGAUUUAUUGGACAAACUAGCAAGUUUAGCAGACUCAAGUGUCACAUAACCAGACCGUUUGAUGAGCAAAUUUUGGAGUGACUUGACGGAAUUGCUAUGAACAGGCUUGAAUCAAUCAACUUCAACUGAUCUCUCCAAAAUAUGAUCAGAAUCUGGUAUUGAUUUGAUUAGUAUAAAUCGAUUGCUCUUUCAACAGCAUCAACAUGGCAGCCUGGUCAUGUGAAUCUUCAGAGCGGGUUCUACUAGUUUUUCAUCUGAGAAGCUUGGUAUGGCUUGUCUUGUAAGGAGACACUUGAUCAAGCUUGGAGUAGUCAGGUUUUGAUGAAGUCCUUGGGACAUACUCCCAGACUAUCAGUUUGGCUUCGAGCCAAGGCGUGAGACAUUUUGAAAUUGCUUGGCUGAAGCCCAUCUUGGUCCCUUCGGGCUAAUCAUAGCUGCAAACCUUUGUGUGGAGAAAACAGUAUUGUGCAAACAUAAUCUUGGUUGUGGCCAGCAGUUGUCACCUCUAUUUGGUAGCAAAUAUCAGUAAAUGUUUGUACA